CUUGUCGUUAUUUUAACGAUUGAUUAAAUUUAACGAGUCAUUAAAUCUUUUAACCAGUCGUUACAUAACGAGUCGUUUAUUUUCUGUUGUUCAACAAUAUUUAACGUGUCGAUUAAAUAAUCAAUGAAUUAAAAUUUAAUCAACUGAUUAAUCAAUGCGUUAAAAUUUAAUCAACUGAUUAAUCAAGUGAUUAAAUAAAACCAACCCAUCAUGCAUUGUUCUGGAGCAUCCUGUCUAUACAACAAUGGCUGAAUCUACUGAACCAAACCCUAGUAAACUUAAAAGACUGAAAAAGACCAACUUCACUGUGGCAGAGGAAGACCUGAUCCAGCAACUAGUAGAGAAACACUCCAGUAUAAUUAAUGGAAAACUUACUAAUACAGUGACCAACCAGUUGAAGAAGAAGGUAUGGGAUGACAUAGCCAUGAAAGUCAAUUCUCUUGGAGUUGCCAUCCGUACAGCCACAGAGGUUAGGAACAAGUGGAGGAAUACCACAAGAGUGGCCAAGGCUGUGUACACAACUCACAGGAGUGAGUUGUUCAAAACUGGGGGAGGACCAGCUCCAAAACAACCUAGCUCUGCAGUAGAGAAAGUUAUCCAUCUUAUGAAGGACACCACCAGCUUCAGGGGGAUUCAGGGUGGACUUGAAACUGAAUCAUUCCAGACAAAUCAACCAUCUAUAAAUGCCACUUUGCCGGAAGAAGAUGCCAGCCAGGAUUUGUAUGAAUCUGCAGCAUCUCUGAUAAGGGACAGUCCACCCCCCUCCAGUCCACCAAGUCCGUCUCUGCUUUCAGGAUAUGACCCCAUCCUGACACAAACAGUCGUACCACAUAUUCAAGAACAAACAGAUAGGACAGAUAAGCAGAAGACAGUGAGAACACCUUUGAAAAAGGUAACAGUGCAGGAUAUUCAUGACAUGCAGUAUCGUGCACUGCAAGGUAAACUAGAAAUCCAAGAGAAGCAGAAAGUGCAUAUGGACUUGGAGAGGAACAAACUGGAACUACAAAUUGAGCUGUUGCAGAAGUUAGUGGGUGGCAAUUCUGAACCAGUAACACUCUCUCAGGCACUUGCCUCUAUGUAUUAA